GCAAGCAACAAGUUCUUGCUGACAAUGCAAGGGCUUCGCGCGCCACCGAUGGGUUCCGUCGAUCCCCCGCCGCGCAGCGGUGGCGCCGCCCGCGGAUCGGAAGCCCGGAAGGCGAGGGUUUGGCUCUACCUCGUGCUCCUCACACUCCAGUACGGCUCCCAGCCACUCGUCUCUAAGCGCUUCGUCGGGAAGGAAGCUAUUGUGACUUCAUUGGUUUUAGCAUGUGAGGUAGCAAAGGUUAUAUGUGCACUAAUUCUCCUAGCCAAAGAAGGCAGUUUGAAGAGGUCAUUCAAUCAGUGGACCUUGAUUGGCUCAUUGACUGCUUCAGGUCUUCCUGCGGCAAUCUAUGCCUUGCAGAACAGUUUGUUGCAGAUUUCCUACAGGAAUCUAGAUUCACUCAGUUUCUCUAUUCUAAACCAGACGAAAUUGAUUUUUACAGCAUUAUUUACAUAUGUUAUUUUGGGGCAUAAGCAAUCUCGUCAGCAAGUCGGGGCCUUAGUCUUGCUUGUUAUUGCUGCUAUUCUUUUGAGUAUUGGCGAGGGCUCUGGCAAAGGUUCCAGUGGUAAUAACCCUGAUCAAGUUGUACUGUUAGGAAUCAUUCCUGUGCUUGUUGCCUCUGUUCUCUCUGGCUUGGCUUCUUCUUUGUGCCAGUGGGCUUCUCAGGUAAAGAAACACACCUCAUACUUGAUGACAGUUGAAAUGUCAUUGAUUGGAAGCUUGUGCUUGUUGGCAAGCACCCACAAAUCACCUGAUGGAGAGGCCAUCAGAAAGUUUGGGUUCUUUCAUGGGUGGACUAUUUGGACCCUGGUUCCAGUUACAAUGAAUGCAGUUGGUGGGAUUCUUGUGGGACUUGUCACAGCCUAUGCUGGGGGUGUUCGAAAGGGUUUCGUGAUCGUCUCAGCGUUACUUGUGACAGCACUGCUGCAGUUUGUCUUUGACGGCAAACCUCCAUCGCAUUACUGCCUCUUGGCACUGCCUCUCGUUGUCACAAGCAUCAUCAUAUAUCAGAAAUACCCGUAUAUCGAACGAAAGAAGAAAGACUAACAAUGGAAGAGCUACUUUUUUUUUGUUGUCUUUCUCUGCCUAUCCAGAUUCAUGAUGAAAUCCAAUUAACCCACUCAGACAAUAAACUGCAGCUGUUGUUUCUAAUGACUGAUGUAAUUGCCUAUUGCCGGUGCUUGUUCUACCGGUUGUAUGAGUGAACUAAGAACUAUACUGCUUGUCUUAUUGAGAAAACGCUUGCACUGUUUUCUGAUUCAAAACAUA